AUGCUGUGCUCCCUUCCGCAACCGGACGAGAAGCACGUCCAGCUUGAGCCCUGCGACAGCGCCGGCUCAGGGAGGCAGCUCGCGGGAAGGCAGAUGCCGCCCGAAUCGCGCAACUUGGAGGCAGCAGUUCAGCCUAGGUUGAUGUUCAUCCAGCAGUUCAGUGGCGUCAAUGCCGUCAUCUUCUUCCAAAACACCAUCUUCAUGGAUGCUGGUUUCGAAAAUGCAGCGAGCCUCGGGUUCUUGGUGAUGCUGGUCCAGGUCAUUAUGACAGGGAUUUCCAUCCCUUUGAUGGACACUGCAGGGCGGAAGGUCUUGCUGCUCAUAGCAUGCUGCGGCAUGACGCUUUGCUGCGUGGGCAUGGUGGUCUUCUUUGUCUUUAGCGGGCCUUCCUGGCUGGCACUUGUGUCCUCCUUCUUCUACAUCGCCUUCUUCUCCCUGGGUCUCGGUCCCAUCCCGUGGCUCAUGAUGGGCGAGAUCUUCCCUGGCAAGAUCCGGACAUCGGCCUCCUCAUUCGCAGCGGCAUUCAAUUGGACUUGCUCCUUUUUGACGACAGAGACGAUCUCAGGGCUGCAGUCACUGAUUGGCUUUGGCGGCGUUUUCGGCCUCUAUGCUGUGGUGCUGGUCUUUGGCGCCGUUUUCGUGGCGACUUUCGUGCCAGAGACAAAGGGACGAUCUUUCGCAGAGAUCGAGGCCAUCCUCAAGAAAGGACGUGGCCGAGACGUGCCGCGCGCCUUCUCAAGAAUGAACGCAGACCAGAUAUAUCGACAGUACGUGAGUGAAGUUCCUAAAGGAGACUUGCCCAGCGGCUGCGGCUGGCGUGCACCGAAAGACAACUCAAUCGCUGAUAUCGCCUUCGGCGGCUUGAGGAGCAAGAAGCUCCUGCGCAAGUCUCUGACACCCCGCGGGGCAACACCCAAGCUCUUCCUGAACGCAGUGCUGAACUCUUGCAGCUACCUGGCGCGUUUCCGUUCCGAUCCGGGUGCACUUCUAUGGCCCCGGCCACUGCCGGCUAAGGUCGAUAUGGCCCUGCGCUGGCAAAUCAAUCAGGGGACGAUCAAGGCAAUUGUGCUUGUUGCGAAUCGUGGGUCCUUUGCAGAAAACGUCUUAGCCGACGAGUUGUCAAGUGGAAUGGCUGAGCCGAGGCUCAGCACAGGAAACAUGACGCCAGAAAUCGUAGGAAGGUCCUGGCAGGCAGCCGCCAAGUACGGUGGUGCCAGUUGCCCUUUGUCAUGCAACAGCUUGAACGUCUGCUUCGAUGGCUUCUUACCGGUCAUGCUCAUGGUCAGUGUCACGAGCCAGGAGGUUCAUAGGGUAGGCGUCUUCUUCACCGGCAUUGACUAUCUGAUGAGAACUGGAGCCCAAAUCGUCCCAACCCGGCACGGUGUCCAAUCUACACCGGGUGCCUUACUGCGGGCAAUGCGGGCAGACAUGCCUGACCGCGACAGCCAGGAGCAAAAUGGUCCAACAUGCCAAGACUUGCGUUGCUUUACCCGCGUCCCGACAGACACCAGAACUGGGCAAGGUAUAACUUUUCACACGCAGGUCUUCGAGGGUGGUGAAAAUCCGUUGGUCCUGCGCGAUGUGGAAGUUCACCAGGUUUAUGUCGUCGUGGGUUGUGGGUACACCGUGGUUGACGACGUGUUGUCGGAGAUGAAGACGCUUGAGGCGUUGAUGACGGUGCCUUCUGGCGUGCAGGCCAGCUUCGCAGCAGAUUGUCGUCGCGGGCUUCUGCACAAUGGCAUAUUACUCGUCAUUGACAUGCUCUGCGUGACAAUCAUUGUCGACGCUUGCCAUGCCGGGAAGAUGUUGGAUAGGGCAUCCGACGAGACGUUCCCGUGCGCAGGGACGGUCCGACAAUAUUGGCAGUUUACAGAAUUGGACCGCACUUGGCGUGCUCAUCAUAUUGGUGCUGUAUUGCCGGGUCAUAGGUAUGUUUGUAUGCCAGCAUCCUUCGACUUCGAAUCUGGUUCGGGUAUGUCCCGUGACAUGACCUGCCUGAUGACCAAUCACGUGUGGUACUUCUCUCGGGGCCAUGUGGACUACGACAAGCUCCGUGCACAUCCGGUCCGAGACUGGGAAGUCUUCAAGUUUUUCCGGGUGCUGCCGCGAUUUCUGGAUUGGCCACAGUGGAAGGCUGUGAAUGUCUCCGUCCUACCGACCCACGGGCGAUCCAAGGUUUUCACGUAUAUCAUGCUCCGAUCCCUCACCAAGGCGGGUCUCCAUGCAUCCCUCGGGAAGCUGUUCGAGGAGGUCACGGAAACACAAGCAGACCUCCGCUCCAGGCUAAGGCAGAAUAAUUACGAAGUUUCGCGGGCCGACUAUGAAACUCUGGUCCUACAGUGCAGCACAGGAUUGGGCAGCAACGGCUAUGCUUCUAGGAGACUCUUCGCCCCCGGCGAGUUUGGCCGCAUUGGCCGCCGAGUGGUACCAAGUGCAGUGGCAGAUGUAGGAACCUGGCAUCGUGUCGGCCGCCAGGCCUGCGUUGGUGCUAUGGGUGCCGUGGUCGCCGCACUUCUCCAGGCUUUCAGCGAGCCCGUGCUCAACCGCGUAGCCGUCAAGCGGCUGCGCGUCUUGGACGCCAUCCGGGAGGUCCGCUUGAUCGACAUCCUCCGGUUCUUCCGGACCGUCCUCGCAACGAAUCUCUUGAAGUUCCCUUUCUUCGAGGCUGUGACUGCUUUGUCAAGCACGUGGACGUCUGUCCCAGUGCCACUUCAGGGCGUCGUUGCUUCCGUGAUGUAUACCUCCGCGACACUGCCUGUGGCGAACUACCGCUACAUCAAGAGCCUUCAACUGAAGGUCAAGUUCAAGAAGCUCUACCAGGCGUACUUCCCAACGCUGCUCAGAGAUAUCAUUUACGGUGUGACCCGCACAGCGUUGAUACGAAAGUUCCACGCGCCCGCGGUUUCGAGUCCAGCAGGUGAUGCUUGGAUCAUGUUCCUCUCUGUCGGGCUGUCGUGUUUGGCGUCGGCCCCCGGGAACGAGCUGCGAGCGUACCGCUUGCAGCCAAAGAAAACCCGUCUGCCCCCGGCGCAAUUCUUCGAGUUGCAGCCCUUCCUUCGUUCAGCGGUGCUCGGAGCCUUGAUCCCAGCCACAGCGAUUGCCUCGGGCCAGUUCCUGGUCGGGGAGGCGGAGGUGCUGCUGAAUUUAUUGCACCUCUCGGCUGUGUGGCUCAUGCCCAAGCUCGUCGCUCCCUUCUUGCUCUUGGCGCUUUGGGUCGUCCUCCGCCUCGAGAGCAGCCGGCAGUACUAUGACCCGUAUGCGCGGCGGCGAAUGCUGCAACGCCUCCGGUCGGAUGUCGUCGUGGUGGACAAAGGGCCCAGUAGGUCUCAGCGGGCUGCGUCGUUUGCAAACACUGAUCCGGCGCUGAUUGUCCAGGCGAUCUCGGAGUCCGAUCCCGACGACGGCGGAAGCGAGAAACCCAGGAGGGGUCCUUCCGGCAAGUCCAGGUCGCCUGACGAUGAUGAUGACGACGAUGAGGAGGCGCCAGCCGCGCCUGGGUUUGCGGAGGUUGCGCGGUUUGUAGCACCGUCCUGCUGCGUCGUCAUUGCCAACUCCUCGAUGACCUCCGUGGACAAAGCUUUCCUCGGUAGGUCCAGUUCCCUGCAGCUGGCGGCCAUGGGGCCUGCCGCCUCGGUUUUCGACAGCUCCUCGUUCCUUUUGACUUUUUUGAACACAGCUACACUCAGCCUGCUUGGCAUGUCAGCAGGGGAUCCGGCAAAGCUGCGGACGAUCCGUUCGCAUGCGAUUUUCCUAGCAACUGCUUCGGGCAUCCUGCUGGGCGGCUUUCUUUGCGUUUUUGCGACUCCGCUCACUCGCUUGCUUGGCGCCAACUCUGCGAUGCUUCCCUUCUCAGUCGCCUAUCUCCAGAUCCGGGCUCUCGGCACACCUGUGGAGCGCGGCACCUCCGUUGCGACCUCCUUCUGCUUGGCGGGGAAGGAUGGCACCACGCCAUUGUUCGUUACUUUAGUCGGCCUCGUGGCAAAUGUCGUGGGUGAUUGGCUGCUGUGCCCAAAGUAUGGCCUGGCUGGCGUCGCGGGCGCCUCUGUUCUGGCCUCGGCGCUGGGCUAUGGAUACCUGGUGACUGCUCUCAUCCAGGCGGAGCGAUGGCCUCGACCCUUUGCGUGGCCGCGGAAAGCUCGGCACAUGCUGCCUUUCCUGCGAUUCGCUGGACCA